CAUAGACGUGUAAAUAAUAUUAUGUGCAGUGUUGCCAGACGUACGGAUGCGGUUGGGGGCAUACGGUAAUUUUACAAAGUAUACGGUCUGAGGACGGAAGAAUACAAACGAUAAAAAAAAUACGGUAAUUUGAAUUUCUUUUUAAAUUUAAAAAAAACAAUAUGCAGUUGUAGUUACUUCUUCGUUGUACAUCCAGAAAAACAGUGAUACCCUACCAAAAAAAAAAAAUCUUUGAAAAUUGAGGUAUUUCCUUAUCAAUUGCGCAUAUCGAUAUAGUCGUAUGGUAAUAAUUAUACCAUACACCAUUAUUUUCCCAUCGUCUCCUCCAUACGUUUUACGAAGUGUAGAAAAAAUGCAGACCUCCAUGCCUCCAUCGUUAUCACGGUUUAAAAUAUUUAAAAAAAUGUUGUUCCUUUUUAAAGUUAAAUGUUAACAGUAAACAGCUGCCAUAUACUUUACAACUGUAAUUAUAAUAUAAUUAUACUAUUUAACCAUGGCCAACUCGGAGGAAGAGAUGGAUAUUGAGGUACGAGCACCCAGGGGAGAACAAACUAAAAACUUAAGCCAUCGAAAACAAAAGUUUAGAGAUGAAUGGCUUAAUAUGAAAGAGUUCAAAAAUUGGUUAAGACCUGUGAAGGAAAAUCCAUUAAAAGCUCAUUGCUGUUAUUGUCGUUUUGAAAUGGUUUCAGAACUCUCGACGGUAAAAAAACAUAUGAAUAGUAUCAAGCACAAAUCAGCUACUAAAUCAAUAACUGGAACUAAAACCAAUAUGAUUUCUACAAUAAUUCCAAAUAGAAAUAAUGACCAAGCUAUUAAAAGAGCCGAAAUAAAAAUAUGUGGGUUCUUAGCAGAGCAUAACAUAUCUUUUAAUACUAUGGAUCAUUUGACAGACGUUUUAAAAGAAGCUUUUCCCGAUUCUAAAAUUGCUGAAGGUCUUCAUCUCGGUAGAACAAAAAGUACCAACAUAGUAAAACAUGUUAUUGGACAAAAUCAUAAAGAUGAACUAAUAAAUGAUCUUAAAAAUACUAACUUCAGUAUUAUUAUUGAUGAGAGCACGGAUGUAGGAACUGUUAAAACGUUAUGUAUAUGUGUUCGCUAUUUUGACCAUAAAAUUAAUAAAUUAAAAUCAAAAUUUUUUGAUUUGGUUAAAGUAUUCAAGGAUAGUGAUUCUGCGAAUGAAGGAGCCACAGCAAACAAAAUAUACACUGAAGUUUUAAAUGCAUUUGCAAAAGAAAGUAUACCCUUUGAAAAUGUCAUUGGUUUCGCAUCGGAUGGAUGUAAUGCAAUGAUGGGGCGAUGGAAUUCCGUUUCCAGUCGUUUUAAAGAAGAUUUUCCCGGUAUUAUAAUACAGAAAUGUAUUUGCCAUUCUUUGGCGUUAUGUGCAAGCGAAGCUUGUAAAGCCCUUCCACGCAGGUACCUACAUUAUAUUAUAAAUUUAUAAAAUUAUUAUAUUAUGAUUUUUUUUUUUUUAAUUUUUGAUAUCAAUUUUUUUUUAGAUGUGAAGAUCUCUCAAGAGAUAUUUAUAAUUUUUUUAAAAGUAGUUGUAAGCGAGUAAUGCAGUUUGAACAGUUUCAAGUAUUUUGUAAUGUUGAGCCACAUCGGAUACUUAGGCCUUCCCAGACAAGAUGGUUAUCUCUUGAAAUGGUUGUGAGAAGAAUCAAUGAACAGUGGGAACCUUUGACUAAAUUCUUCCAAGAACAUGGGUAAAUAAAAUUUUAUAAUUUAUUAUUAUUUCUAAUUUAAAUAACAAAAGUUUUAAAUUUUGUUUAAAUUGUAGAAAUGAAGAACGACUUGCAUGCACUGUUACAAUACUUGACCGUUUAACUGAUCCAGUCAUUAAGUUGUUUUAUGAAUUCCUGGAAUGGGUCUUACCAAAGUUUACCCAUCUAAAUAAACUCUUUCAAAGUGAAAAAGGCGUUAUUCUUACAUUGCAUUCCAAAAUGGCUGUAACCUAUACAGAGCUGAUACAUGCGUACAUGAAAAAGCAACACAAACCACUAGAAAUAGAUCCCAAUGAUAGUACUCAGUUUUUGGUAAAUGAAGCCAUGUAUUUAGGAUUUAAAGUAAUGAAGACAUU